UUUCUCUCUCUCUCUCUCUCUCGGCUUCCCUAGGCUGAGCGUUGCCUGAUGUGGAAGUAAACAUGUCGGUGACAGGAGGUGGCCAAAGAGGCUUUUAUUUCAACACAGUCCUGUCACUGGCACGCUCUUUGGCCGCCCACCAACCUACGCCGGUGGAAAAGGUCCAGAAGCUACAAUGUAUGUGUCCAGUGGAGGUGCGUGGUGUGUUCACACUGGAUGUGCGUCGCAGAGAUGCUGUCAUAGCGCUGGCUGUGUUUCUAGUGGAGUCGGGCUUACAGCACAAAGACAUAGUUGUUUCCUACUUGCUGAGCCUACUGAGAGGCCUCCCGCGAGUCCAAUGGAUCGAAGAGAGCUUGGGAAAGAAAGGAAAGGACAUUCUCCCAGUUUCUGAAAACUUCAGCUUCUGUUUAGUGACUCUUUUAGCAGAUGUGGCUCAGAGGGACCAGGACUCCAGGCAAGAGAUCUUGGACACCAUCAUGGAAGUCAUGCAGACAUUGCAGGAAAUGUGCCAAACACCUGAUAACCAUGACAAAGUCUACCUGUGCAGACACAUUGUGCCCAGCCUGUUCGGCAUGACACGAGCUUUCGGCCGCUACAGUGUCACUGCCGAAGCCCUUUUGUCCAAGUUGUUCCCCAAAGACACGCCUCAGACCCAUUACGUCACAGAGGAAACAGAGGGUGUGCGGCGUCGAUCCUUCAAUGACUUCCGCUCUAUCAUUCCAUCCUCCCUGCUGACGGUUUACCAAAAUGACACGCUGCGUCGACACCCUGCAGCUAAUCCUGACUCGUCUGCACAGGUUUGUGCAGAUGUAGGAGGAAACUCACCCUGCUCUCCCACAGCACUUGGCCCACAUUAUUUUGAAGGUGCCUACCUCCCCAACAGCACAGUAGUGGAUCCUGACUACUAUUUUUCCACCAUCAGCUCCAGUUUCUCAGUGUCUCCUCUCGUCCUGGUAACAGAAGAAAAUGAGGUUGAAGUACCCGUUGAUCUUCUCCAGCAGUUCCUCAGCAUGGUGAAGGUUUUUGUUUCUGAGUCUUUUUUGAAAACCCUUGACACCACCAUGGCUGAAGCGACAGAGUCUAACCCUGGAAUCAACCUCUAUUACAAAACCUUCAGUGACCCUCUCUAUGUAUGUGUCUUCAAAAUGCUCCGGGACACACUAUACAACAUGAAUGCCUUGCAACCAGCAUUUGUGCGAGAAGUCCAUGACUUUGUUCUGGAGCAAUUUAGCAGCAGUCAAUCGGAGCUGCAACGAGUACUUCAUGAUGCGGGGGGGUUGCCAGGGGAACAGAGCCCCCUCAAGCUUCGUUGCCAAGCCAACGCUGCCUGUGUGGACCUCAUGGUGUGGGCCGUCAAAGAUGAGCAAGGAGCUGAGAACUUGUGCAGCAAACUGACCGAAAAGCUGCAGUCAAAAACUUCAAGUAAAGUCAUCAUUGCUCACAUGCCCCUUCUCAUCUGUUGCCUGCAGGGCCUGGGGCGUCUGUGUGAGAGGUUUCCUGUGGUGGCUCAUUCUGCUACAACAUCUCUCAGGGACUUCCUCGUGGUUCCUUCCCCCGUUCUCAUAAAGCUCUACAAGUACCAUAGCCAGUACAAUGCAGGCACAGGAGAAAUCAGGAUCAACGUGACCAAUGAGCAUUCUCAGUCCACACUGAACGUUCUGUCCAACAAGAAAGACCAGCCGUCCAUGUACGAGCAGCUCCGAGAUAUUUCCAUCGACAACAUCUGCAGAUGUCUAAAAGCUGGCUUGACCAUGGACAAUGUCAUUGUGGAGGCCUUUCUUGCUAGUCUGUCUAACCGUCUUUACAUUUCACAGGAAAAUGACAAGGAUGCUCAUCUCAUUCCAGAUCACACCAUUCGGUCGCUGGGCCACAUCGCCGUGGCUCUGAGAGACACCCCUAAAGUGAUGGAGCACAUCUUGCAGAUCUUACAGCAAAAGUUCUGUCAGCCUCCUUCCCAGCUGGAUGUGCUCAUCAUAGACCAGCUGGGCUGCAUGGUCAUUACAGGAAAUCAAUAUAUCUACCAGGAAGUGUGGAACCUGUUUCAGCAAAUCAGUGUGAAGGCCAGUUCAGUCGUCUACUCCGCUACCAAGGACUCCAGAGAUCAUGGCUACAGGCACUGCUCCCUGGCGGUGAUAAAUGCGUUGGCCAACAUUGCUGCCAACCUGCAGGGGGAGCAGCUGGUGGAUGAACUCAUGGUGAACCUCUUAGAACUUUUUGUCCAACUUGGCUUGGAAGGGAAGCGAGCCAGUGAGCGUGCAUCAGAUAAAGGGCCAGCGCUCAAAGCAUCGAGUAGUGCUGGGAAUCUCGGUGUUCUCAUCCCAGUGAUUGCUGUGUUGACCAGACGGCUUCCACCCAUUAAAGAGGCUAAGCCCCGCCUCCAGAAGCUCUUUCGAGACUUUUGGUUGUACUCAGUGGUCAUGGGUUUUGCUGUGGAAGGAUCAGGGCUGUGGCCCAAAGAAUGGUAUGAGGGUGUUUGCGAGAUUGCCACCAAAUCUCCUCUCCUGACCUUUCCCAGUGGAGAGCCCCUUCGCUCCGAACUGCAGUACAACUCUGCCCUAAAAAACGACACAGUCACACCGGCAGAGUUGAGUGAGUUACGAGCGACCAUCAACAACCUCCUGGACCCUUCCCCUGAAGCAUCUGCCCUCAUUAACAAGCUGGACUUUGCCAUGUCCACAUACCUGCUCUCGGUCUACAGAUUAGAGUACAUGAGGAUGCUUCGGUCCAAUGAUCCAGACCGCUUUCAGGUCAUGUUUCGUUACUUUGAAGACAAAGCGAUCCAGAAAGACAAAUCUGGAAUGAUGCAGUGUAUCAUUUGUGUCGGUGACAAGGUGUUUGAAGUAUUCCUCCAAAUGAUGGCUGAGAAGCCGAAGACCAAAGAGCACGAGGAGGAACUGGAGCGUCAUGCCCAAUUCUUGCUGAUCAACUUCAACCACACACACAAGAGAAUCCGCAGGGUGGCAGAUAAAUAUCUCUCUGGUUUGGCAGAGACAUUCCCACAUCUGCUGUGGAACGGCCGUGUGUUGAAGACCAUGUUGGACAUUUUGCAGACCCUCUCAUUGUCUCUAAGUGCGGACAUCCACAAGGACCAACCAUACUAUGACAUUCCAGAUACCCCAUACCGAAUCACUGUUCCAGACACGUAUGAAGCCAGAGAGAGUAUAGUAAAGGACUUCGCCGCACGCUGUGGUGAGAUCCUGAAGGAAGCAAUGAAAUGGGCUCCUUCAGUCACAAAGUCCCACCUACAGGAGUACUUGAACAAGCAUCAGAACUGGGUGUCAGGUCUGUCCCAACACACGGGCCUGGCCAUGGCCACAGAGAGCAUUCUGCACUUUGCAGGCUACAACAGGCAGAGUACCACGCUGGGCGCUGCUUUCCCACAGACCACCCAGCUGACAGAGAGACCAGCAUGCGUGAAAAAAGAUUACUCCAACUUCAUGGCAUCACUCAACCUGCGCAACCGCUACACUGGAGAGGUGGCCGGUAUGAUCCAGUUUUCUGAAGCGACACACAGUCAGUCAGACCUGAACAAGUUGAUGAUCGAGCAGAUGACGAGUGCUCUGGACAGCCAAGAUCCAGAGGCCUUCACCCAGGCCAUGUUCAAGAUGGCUGCCUUGCUUAUAAUCACCAGAAAGUGUAACCCUCAGCUGCUGCACCAUCUGUGUUGGUCGCCCCUGAAGAUGUUUACAGAACACUGCAUGGAAACAGCUAUUGCGUGCUGGGAGUGGCUUCUGGCUGCACACAAUGGUGUUGAAGUGCCAUUCAUGCGUGAAAUGGCAGGCGCUUGGCAGAUGACGGUGGAGCUGAAGAUGGGUUUGUUCUCCGUCACCAAGGAGGAGGCGGGCCCUUUGGCUGUGUCAGAGGAGAGCCAGCCUGCACCCUGUGCCCCUGAUGUCAUCCCUCACUUUCUGUGGAUAGAGUUUCUAGUGCAGAGGUUCGAGAUAGCCAAGUACAGCAGCUCAGACCAGGUGGAGAUUUUCACAACCAUCCUACAGAGGUCACUGUCUCUGAGUGUUGGAGGAGCUAAAAACAACUUGAACACACAUGUCGCUGCCAUUGGACCAAGAUUUAGACUGCUCACUCUGGGUUUAACUCUUCUUCAUGCCGACGUGGUGACAAACACCACCAUCAAAAAUGUACUUCGAGAGAAGAUCUAUUCCACAGCUUUUGACUACUUCAGCGUCAAUCCAAAAUUUCCCACGCAGACCGACAAGAGGCUGAGAGAGGACAUCAGCAUAAUGAUCAAGUUCUACGCCAGCUUGCAGUCAGACAAGAAGUAUCUUGCUGCCACCCAGCUGGUUCCCCCAGAUCCACAAGACAUGUCUGUGAACAGCCUGUCUGUGAUGGCAGUGACAGACAGCCGCAGUAACCUGGAUGCAGCCAUGGGUCAGAGGCAGCAGGUGGCUCAGGGAUGGAUUAACACCUACCCUCUGUCCUCUGGGAUGUCUACCAUAUCCAAGAAAUCAGGACUCUCCAAAAAAAGCAACCGAGGCAUUCAACUGCAUAAGUACUACAUGAAACGUCGGACCCUUUUACUGGCUUUACUGGCCAGCGAGAUCGAGCGCCUGACCAUCUGGUACAACCCCUUGUCAACUCAAGAACUGGCUAUUGCCACAGAACUGUCAGUGGAGACCAGCAUUGCCAACUGGAGGUCCAAAUACAUCAGCUUGACGGAAAAACAGUGGAAGGACAACGUCAACCUGGCGUGGAGCAUUGCUCCUUACCUGGCGCUGCAGCUGCCCGCUAGGUUUAAACACACUGAAGCGAUCGUGUCUGAGGUGACUCGGCUGGUGCGUCUGGAUCCAGCUGCUGUGUGUGACAUUCCUGAGGCAGUUAAGUUCCUGGUGACAUGGCACACGAUCGACGCAGACUCUCCCGAGCUGAGUCACAUCCUAUGUUGGGCGCCUGCAGAUCCACCAACUGGACUGUCCUACUUCUCCUCCAUGUACCCCCCUCACCCCCUCACAGCACAGUACGGGGUCAAAGUGCUCCGCUCUUUUCCUCCCGACGCCAUCUUGUUUUACAUUCCUCAGAUUGUCCAAGCACUUCGUUAUGACAAGAUGGGUUACGUGAGGGAGUACAUCCUGUGGGCCGCUCAAAAGUCACAGCUACUCGCCCACCAGUUCAUCUGGAACAUGAAGACCAACAUCUACCUGGAUGAGGAGGCCCACCAGAAAGACCCCGACAUUGGCGAGUUGUUGGAGCAGAUGGUGGAGGAGAUCACCAGCUCCUUGUCUGGACCAGCCAAGGACUUCUACCAGCGAGAGUUCGAGUUCUUCAACGAGAUCACCAAUGUGUCUGCCACAAUCAAACCUUUCCCCAAAGGGGAGGAGCGGAAAAAGGCCUGCUUGGAAGCCCUGUCCCAAAUCAAAGUCCAGCCUGGCUGCUAUCUACCCAGUAACCCGGAGGCCAUUGUCAUAGAUAUAGACUACAAAUCAGGGACCCCAAUGCAAAGCGCUGCCAAAGCUCCUUACCUGGCCAAAUUCAAAGUAAAGAGAUGUGGAGUCAGCGAGCUGGAAAAAGAAGGUCUGCGAUCUUGCUCCAACUCUGUGGAUGAAGAGAAAAGUCAAGAGGAGGUCAAGAAAAUCUGCUGGCAGGCGGCCAUCUUUAAAGUGGGCGACGAUUGCAGACAAGACAUGCUGGCUCUUCAGAUCAUCAGCCUGUUUAAGAACAUCUUCCAGCUGGUGGGCUUGGACCUCUACGUGUUCCCUUACAGGGUGGUGGCCACCGCUCCAGGAUGCGGCGUGAUCGAGUGCAUCCCCGACUGCAAGUCUCGGGAUCAGCUUGGCCGCCAGACGGACUUCGGCAUGUAUGAUUAUUUCCGCAACCAGUACGGAGAUGAAUCCACACUUGCAUUCCAGAAGGCGCGCUACAACUUCAUUCGCAGCAUGGCGGCAUACAGCCUGCUGCUCUUCGUGCUGCAGAUUAAAGACAGACACAACGGCAACAUCAUGCUGGACAGCCAGGGACACCUCAUCCACAUUGACUUCGGCUUCAUGUUUGAAAGCUCUCCCGGUGGCAACCUGGGCUGGGAGCCGGACAUCAAGCUGACGGACGAAAUGGUGAUGAUCAUGGGUGGCAAGAUGGAGGCCACACCCUUCAAGUGGUUCAUGGAGAUGUGUGUCAGGGGUUACCUGGCAGUCAGACCCUACAUGGACGGCGUGGUCUCUUUGGUGAACCUCAUGUUGGACACCGGCCUGCCUUGUUUCCGAGGACAAACCAUCAAGUUGCUCAAGCAACGUUUCAACCCGGGUUUGAGUGAGAAAGAGGCAGCUUCCUUCAUCAUCAAGGUCAUUCAGAACUGCUUCCUCAGCAGCAGGAGUCGAACCUACGACAUGAUCCAGUAUUACCAAAACCAGAUCCCCUACUAAACGUUAGUGCCUGAGCAUGUGUACCGACCGAUAGAUGGCAUGUGUAAGUAUCUGUAUACGUGCCUUUUAUGUUCAACAUUAAUUGCAGAUUGUUCUUACAGUGAAUUGUUUGACGUAUUUCUGAUUUGAGUCACGAUUUUUUUCAAUGUAAUUUAUUGUUGGUAUUGACGCUGGCAUCUUGACUUGUGUGCACUUAAAUCUGAUGUUAGUUUGCACGCUCGCUUAAUACUCGGUGGCCAUUUGACAUGAUUUGUAACAUCUGUUGAUUCUUUCAGAGUAUAAAUGUACUGAGAUACUUAAGUAGCAGACCAAUGUGGCCUAUUCUGGCGUGUCGUACUUGAUCGUUCUACCGUGCUUGCUUUUAACGGACCGAUUCUUUCUUUUUAACACUGUGGACUUGCUUGUAUUGACGUUGGUCACAGUUGCCAUGGCGGUGAUGCACUAAAUUGUUGUUUUAUGUAUUUGUCAUUGCCAAAUGGGAGGGAGGUACGUUAACACACUUUAAUUUUGUCUUGUUUGGAUGAAGGUGACAAUUGAAUGUUGUUGCAUGACGUUCUCCACUAGCUUUUUGGUGAUUUCGUUUUUUGGGUUUUUUUGUUGUUGUUUUUUUUUGGUCAAACUUGCAGUACCCUCUCUGUUCACAUGGUUCUUCAUUGGAAUGUCACUGAUUGUAACGAGUCUGCCUAUCUUUGUACAUUUAUAACCACAGCUCGUUUUCUGUCUCUUUUUCUAUAUAUUUAUGAAUCACAAUGCAAAAGAUGUGAAAUCAAAUAAAGAUAUAUUCAUUUAUAAAAAAGCCCUU